AUUACCGGAGAAGUAUACAACUGUUUUAGGGAACCAGUCAAAAAUGAUGAUUUUAACAACCAAUCAAAAUGUUUUAUUUAGUAAGUAUAAUCCUAGAUAUUCUUGUAAACUUCAGAAUAUCUCCUGUUACUAUUUAUAGAAAAACUGUAGACGUUACAAUUAAUAUAGUCAUGUUAUUAGGAAUGUAAUCCAUUUCGGUUCACCUCAGCAACUUUUGACAAUGAAUUAUACAAAUAUUAAGAAUUCAACUCAUUCGUUACUGUUUAACUAUUCAGCUACAUUAGCAUUACAUGUACAGAAUUUUACAGAUCCUAAAGUCUUUGGUUUGUCAUCAUGCAUAAUCAUCACACUUAUGUUUGCAUUGAUUGUUGUCUUUUCAAUAUUUGGGAAUAUUUUAGUUAUGUGGAUUAUAUUGAAUAAUCGUAGAAUGCGUACAGUGACUAACUGUUUUUUGUUCAAUUUAUCUGCAGCUGACUUACUGACAGUAUUCCAGAUUAUACCGAAUGUUUAUUAUGUACUUCACAAUGAUUGGAUUUUCGGUGUUGCUUAUUGUAAAUUCUCACAGUUCUUCACUGCAUUUAACAUCGCUAUCAGUGUGUUUACAUUUAUCGCCAUUGCAUCAGACCGAUACACCGCUAUAAUGUUCCCACUUCGGCCACGUUCAAAACUGAAAACAGUUAUCUGUGUUAUAGCGGCUAUAUGGUUAAUAUCGUUUGCCAUCGGGUUACCUGGUCUAGUUGUGGCUACUGUUUCCCAAAAAGAAUCAGUACCGUUUGAGAAUAUGAUGAAUUUAACAGACGAAUUCACCACAGUAAAUCAAACUUUGUCUGAGUCUAUCAGUCAAAACGUGUCAAGUGUUUGUAUUUACAGUUGGUCUCCAGAAUGGUCCGAUGCGUAUGAUUACACAUUGUUUAUCUUAAUGUAUGUUCUGCCGUUGAUAAUCCUCGCCGCCACCUAUGUCCCAAUCUCAAUUCACUUAUGGUUUCAUAGAGGACUUGGAGAGGUUACCAGAGCACAAGCUCAAAAUGUUCGUUCUAAAAGACGUGCUGUGAAAAUGCUUUGCGCAGUUAUGCUUAUAUUCGCGAUAUGUUGGCUACCGUAUCAGUUGUUUUUCAUCAUUGUACAAUUAAAUCCAGCAAUUAAAAAUAACCAUAAGUUACCAGUUGUGUUCAUUUGUUGUUAUUGGCUAGCAAUGAGUAAUUCAAUGUACAAUCCAAUUAUAUAUGUUUUAAUGAACAAGAAAUUUCGUAAAGGCUUCUACACAGUAUUUUCAUGUUUCCCUUGGUGUCGAUCGUAUAUCAAGAGGGACAGAAAAAUGACAACGAAUACUACAACAAUUAAUACACUACUUGAUUAACGCUCCCAGAAUAUAUCAUCACUGGUAUACAAUCAUUGAGCAGACGAUCUUAUGAGAGUAUCAACAUAUGAUUUAGAUGAAUCAAUGUUUUUAAUAUGUCUAAAACAAAAUGUAUUUACUGAAUUCUACAUCACUUUCUUCAGUUCUCAUUUUAUUAACUGCUUAAUUGUCUUCUAGCUUUUACUUAUAAUGGAAAGCUUAUUAUUUUAUCAGUUUUUAACUAUUGGUAUAUAUAUUCUGUUUAUUUUACAUUUGAGUUACUUGUAUUAUGGUAAUAAUGUUACUUUGAUUAUUAUACAACAUACAAAUGAAACCUGACAGUCGUGUGAAUACCUUGAUAUGAUUAUGAGCAAUAAAUUGUGCUCAAAACG